AUCCAGACUAUGCAGAUGCCCCGGCAAGCACAGACUACGUAGCCACGCUGCCUGACCUCAGUGCCUUCGAGUCCAAGUGCCGACUUCACAGAUUCUCCAAAUUUGAAUCCGAGGACUCGGGGGUUGAAUUGCCAAGCGGGGCUAAUUCUCCAUCAACGCCGACAGGUUCAGAGAAGAGCUUUGUGCUUCACAGCAGAGACUCAUUCUGUGACUCAGGCGUGCUUAGCACCUCUUCUUCUCCAGAAAUUGACCAUCUGAUAAUGAGAACAUGCAAAGAGAAUGCCAGAAAAGUUAGCCACCAAGAUCCAGAGAGUGAAAAGCAAGCUGAGUACUACAGCCAGGAGGCAGAUGCUGUGCAGGGUCCUACAGCUUCCCUUGAAGACUUCAGUGUCUGUCAGGAAGAAAGUACCGAUGAACAUUUUGACCAAAGCAAAAGGCAAUCUCUGGAAAAGGACGCUAGCCCAGAGAUGGACCUUCCCAAGGAAAGCACUCUUCCUGCCCCAGCUCCCAUAGAAGAGCCAAAGACAAUUGCUGACGAUUUCCCUGAGAACUUUGGCAGCAUGCAGGACCUUCAGAUCCAUGGACAGCAGCUGAAAAAGUACCCCACAAGUGACAGUCUGGACGAAUACAUGGAUGAAUGCUGUAGACUGAGUGAGGUGAACCAAGGUAACAGCAAAGCCCUGGGAUCUGGUCUGGGAUACCUGGAACACAUUUGCCAACUGAUUGAGAAGAUUGGGCAGCUGCAGGAGCACAACCUGCGUCUCCAAAAGCAAGUGUGCAGCUUGCAGAAAGAGCAGAAGAUGAGCCAGAUAAGAGAGGAGUAUCUUCUGCAGCAUUGUUCCUGUGGAGCUACCAGCAUUUUCCUCAACUCGUACCAAGACACGAAGUCGUUUUUUGCUGGGAGGAGCAGACCUCACAGUCUCUUGGUUCAGACUGGAAACCCUUCUGAUCUUUCCAUCAUCCCAGAAAUAGGAGCGAACACUGAAAAGCUGAACAGCUGCAAAGGAAGUGAGAGAUACCUGGAUUCAGGAAACAGCCAGCCGAUGGUGGGGCUCAGGAAGUCGUCCAACAAUAGGAACAACAAGGAGAAUGAAUUCAGAGAAGCUGCCCUGAGGACACUGCCGGUGCGGGAGAGCGGCACGCUAGGUCCGCAGCUGGCGAAAUCGAUGUACUUCCAAUGA